AUGCCGCGCUUCAUGUACAAGGACUUGAUGACCCAGGCUUCCUCAUCACUCGGCCAGGCCUUCAGCCAGCUGGAUUUGGAUGCCACCUUUGGGGUGGGCACUUCAGAUCUUGUGGAGGCUACCUUCGAGGAGUUUGGUGGGAGCAAAGAUGAAUGCGAUGCGCUCUGCACUGUCUGUUGCUGCUUAUGCAUCUUGUGCUCCCAUGUUGAUUGCCGUUGCUGUGACGAUUGCUUCCGUGGUCAAAAAAAAUCUUCCUGGGUGGAAAUUCCGACGCAGCAGGUCAUGGGUUCCAUGGAGAAGCCGGAGAAGCCGAGCCUUCUGCAGCGCAUUGCCAGCCUCACCUCAGAGGAUCUCGGCGCUGUGGUGCGUGGGGCCUCAGGCUCCCGCGAGUGGACUCUUCAGGAACGCCUGGGCUUCUGGCUCUUCGAGCAGAAGUUCACGAAGCCCGAGCGGCAGCAGCUUGAGAAGUGCAUCGAGGAGGUCCAGAAAGUGGCGCCCGACUUGAUGGACGAGGACGCGGUCAACGUCACCGAAGUGGAGCGGGAGCUGAACUCCCACAACCCCAAGACCCUGGCCAAGCUGUUCAAGCUCCUCGUGACCACUGCCGUGGCCAAGCACGGCGCGCAGAUCGCCGAAGGAGGGCUUGGCUCGAUGGGCAUCGGAGAAUGUGAGAAGGUCAUUUGCGCGGGGGAUCUGAAGUAC